AAACUGAAAGUUACAACUCACCAAGUCACUCCAAUUGUGUCCUAGACAGUACCCAGAGCACGACUAUGGCCAAACAAAACCAAUUCUCAUUCCUCACAUCAGCUGCUCUUUUGGUCAUUAUAGUUUCUGUUUCGGAAACUCUUUGUCGCCCUCUUGAAGAGGAACACUUGUUAAAGCAACAUGAGGAGUGGAUGGCCAUCCACGGGCGUGUCUACAAGGAUGCGGUCGAAAAGGCAAAACGGUAUGAGAUAUUUAAAGAGAACGUUAAGCGCAUCAACGCCUUUAAUAAUGGUAAGGACGUGGGGUACAAACUGGCUGUGAAUAAGUUCGCAGACCUAACCAAUGAGGAGUUCCGCGCUUCCUACACCGGCUACAAGAGGAGGCCCACAAGGGUCCUGUCCUCUGGCGAAAAAAAACCGUUCAAGUAUGCCAACUUCACCGCCAUUCCAGCUGCCUUAGACUGGCGAACCAAGAAGGCUGUGACACCUGUUAAGGAUCAAGGCAACUGUGGAAGUUGUUGGGCAUUCUCGGCUGUGGCAGCUAUGGAAGGGAUUACCAUGAUCAAGAAGGGGAAGUUGGUGCCACUCUCGGUGCAAGAACUCGUGGAUUGUGAUGAUAACGAUGAUGGUUGCAUGGGCGGGCUCAUAGACAGUGCCUUCGAGUUCAUUGUAAGCAAUGGUGGCCUCACGACUGAGGCGAACUAUCCUUACCAGGGAAUUGACGGGACCUGCAAUACGGCCAAGACGGCAAACCAGGCAGCCUCAAUAACUGGGUAUCAGGAUGUGCCGGCCAACAACGAGAAGGCCCUCUUGCAGGCCGUGGCAAACCAGCCAGUCUCGGUGGCAAUUGAGGGGGGCGGGUAUAAUUUCCAAUUCUACUCAAGCGGCGUGUUCACAGGCUCAUGUGGGACCGACAUCGACCACGCAGUCACGGCAGUCGGGUAUGGGAAGACCUCUGGCUCUGGCGGGACCAAGUAUUGGCUGAUGAAGAAUUCGUGGGGCACCGGGUGGGGAGAGAAAGGGUACAUGAGGAUCCAGAAGGAUGUGAGCUCUAAGGCUGGUCUCUGUGGUCUUGCCACGGAAGCUUCUUAUCCAACUGCAUGAAGAAAGAAGAAGAGGAAAAAAUAAAUUAUGAGUCUACAUAUGUGAUAGUGGUUCUUGGGCUCUCUAUAUGUAUGAAAUGUAGUCUAGCGUCUCUCUAAAAGAAGCAAGUGUUAAGUGACAGUACGUCACUAGGGUUGGUGUGUCCUACAACAGAAACAGAAUGUUGUUAGCAAAAUUAGGGGCCUGCCAACUAAACUUGCUUGUAAGUGUACGAAUAAAUGUGCGGGACAAGAUAAAGAACAUAGUCCCUCGAAUGAAUGGAACAAUUUUG